AUGAAAGCGGCGAAAAGUGGCGACAGGAUGGCGUAUCCAUGGAUUAAACUGAAACCCCUGCUGAUGCUGGCAGCAUUAAUGUUCAUUUUCUUCAGCUGCUGUCUAGCGGGAAAGACGACCACCAUCGUCAGCCACACAGACACCCUGGAUCCGCAGGCCGACGGCUUCUGGGCCAACAAGACCACUUGGAACGCGCGGUGGGUGAAGUACUGGCGGGCCAAGAAGAUCUACGAGCCGGUGUGGAAGAAGGUCUGGACACCGACCAUCCACAACGAGUGGGUGCCCCUGCCCAACGCCCCCAACGAGUGGGAGGCGGAGAAGGGCCAUUCGUACAAAUGACGCAGAGACUG